AGCUCCCAUAUCGAGGUUUUUCAGAUUGCCAUGGAAACUUGCAAUCGUCCCAAAUUGUUGCAGUUAGUUUGUGAAAUUGUUAUGUCAUUUCUAAAUCCAUUAAAUCUUAGGCUGGAUUGCUCUUUGUAAAGAACCACAAAUAGAAAAAUGGAGAUCGUUUACGUUUACACAAAGAAGAGAAGCGAGUUUGGAAGGCAAUGCAACUUUUCAGACAGACCUGCAGAACUCCACUUUGAUGUUGCCCCAGAUGAAAAGCUUUUGACUGACUAUAUUGAAAGAAACCCAUGCAAUGUUGGCAUCCAAUGUGUUGCUGAAAUGUCUGAACAUGAAGUCAACACUGAAAGAUUUGAAACAGAGAGCAGGGGUAUAAAUCAUGUUGAAGGAGGAUGGCCUAAAGAUAUAAAUCCUGCAGAGAUUGAACAAACAACACGUUUCAGGAAAAAAAUUGAGAAAGAUGAGAUGUACACAACUGCAAUUCAGUCAUUGGGAGAGAUUAUGGAGCACACAAUCCAGCAAAACAAUGCCAUUGAUAUUUAUGAAGAGUACUUCAUUGAUUCAUCGUUAGAUUCAUCAGCUGAACCACCAUCAGCCAAAACCAUAAAUGUCUUCAGAGAUCCAAACGAAGUGAAAAGAACAGCAACCAGCAUAUCAUGGUACCCUGAUGGUGCAAAGAAGCUGGCAGUUGCUUACUCAACAUUAGAGUUCCAAAAGCAUUCACAUGAAACCUGUCUUGAUUCAUAUAUUUGGGAUAUAGAGAAUCCUAAUAAACCUGAGUAUGCACUGAAGCCAGUUUCACCAAUUGUCACACUUGAGUACAACCCAAAGGAUGCCCAUAUUUUGGUUGGUGGAUGCUAUAAUGGACAAAUUGGCUUUUGGGACACAAGAAAGGGACAGCACCCCAUGGAAAUGACCCCAAUCGAAAAGAGCCACCGAGAUCCCGUUUACAAUGUUGUAUUCAUACAGUCGAAAACAGGUGCCGAAUGCUUUUCUACAAGCACCGAUGGGCAAGUGUUUUGGUGGGACAUCCGCAAAUUGGGCGAGCCAACAGAAUCCCUGAAGCUUGUACCGAACAUUAAGGAGUCCUCGCGUCCACUUGGAGGCGUGGCACUGGAGUAUGAGCCAACUAUGCCGACGAAAUUCAUGGUUGGCACCGAGCAAGGCUCUGUCUUAUCCUGCAACAGAAAAGCGAAAUCAGCCAAUGACAAAAUCGUCGCUAUUUACAAUCAACACUAUGGUCCUGUUUAUUCUGUUCAGAGAAACCCGUUCUUUCCAAAGAACUUCCUUACAGUUGGAGAUUGGACUGCUAGGAUAUGGUCUGAAGAUAUUCGCGAGUCUUCAAUUAUGUGGACAAAGCAACAUGUCACAUAUCUCACUGCCGGCUGCUGGAGUCCGGUCAGGCCUGCCGUUUUCUUUACAACACGGAUGGAUGGUUGCCUUGAUGUUUGGGAUUAUCUUUUUAAACAAAACGAUCCGACUUUGAGCAUCCAGGUUUGUGACGAAGCCUUGUAUUCGUUAAGAGUUCAGGACCAGGGAAGACUUGUUGCUUGUGGCUCACAUGAUGGGACAACAACACUGUUGGAAUUAUCUGAUGGUUUGCAUAAGAUGCUUAGGAAUGAGAAAUCUGCAAUGACGGCUAUGUUUGAGAGAGAAACUCGUAGAGAGAAAAUUCUAGAAACAAGACACAGAGAAAUGAGAUUGAAAGAGCGUUCUAGAAGUCAGCAAGAAAAAGAGGAGCCUGAGAGGCUAGAGGAGACAGAUGAAGACUUGAUUGAAAAAGCAGAGAAGGAUUUCUACAAAGUAAUUGAAGCGGAGAAAAAAACCCGUGAAACAAAGCACGCGGAUGCUAAUAAAGCAUUGGAAAAUGCAAAGAAAGCCCUUGAAAAUGAUACACUGCCACAAGAUGAAGACAAUGUAGAAAAUGCAGAAAAUGGGCCUAUCACAGAAGUGUCAGAGGAGGAACAAAAAGACUCAAAUGAUGAAAACGGCGAUGUCGAUCGUUAAUGCGAUGCUUUUUCAAGAGAUUGCUUCUUUUGACUGAAUCUUCUACCGAUCUUCAUAACUUGUAACCUUGUAAAUAAGCUGUUGAUAAAUUCGUGCUCUGUUUAAAAUGUAAGUCAGAUUUGAGCACAAAUGUUUGUUGAUAUAUUUGUUGGUGGAUGGAA